AUGGACAAUGGAAUGUUUUCUAGCUUUGUCAUGAUCAAAAAUCUCCUCCUCUUUUGCAUUUCCAUGAAUUUAGCCAGUCACUUUGGCUAUUCACAGAUGCCAACAAGUUCAGUGAAGGAUGAGACCAAUGACAAUAUUACAAUAUUUACCAGGAUCCUCGAUGGUCUCUUGGAUGGAUAUGACAACAGACUGCGCCCAGGACUUGGAGAAAGAAUAACUCAGGUGAGAACGGACAUAUAUGUCACCAGCUUUGGCCCAGUGUCUGAUACUGAAAUGGAAUAUACCAUUGAUGUAUUUUUCCGACAAAGCUGGAAAGACGAAAGACUUCGUUUCAAAGGACCAAUGCAGAGGCUGCCUCUCAACAACCUCCUUGCUAGCAAGAUCUGGACUCCAGACACAUUCUUUCACAAUGGAAAGAAGUCCAUAGCUCACAACAUGACCACACCAAACAAGCUCUUAAGGCUAGAGGAUGAUGGUACCCUACUAUACACCAUGAGAUUGACCAUCUCUGCUGAAUGUCCCAUGCAACUUGAAGACUUCCCAAUGGAUGCACAUGCUUGUCCUCUGAAAUUUGGAAGUUAUGCAUACCCUAAUUCUGAAGUGAUUUACAUCUGGACCAAUGGUACUGCGAAAUCUGUGGUGGUAGCAGAAGAUGGAUCCCGCUUAAACCAGUAUCAUCUGAUGGGGCAAACUGUGGGAACAGAAAACAUCAGUACUAGCACAGGUGAAUACACAAUAAUGACAGCACAUUUUCAUUUGAAAAGAAAGAUUGGUUACUUUGUCAUUCAGACUUACCUUCCCUGCAUAAUGACAGUGAUCUUAUCCCAGGUAUCAUUUUGGCUGAACAGAGAAUCAGUCCCUGCUAGAACUGUUUUUGGAGUAACUACAGUGCUGACAAUGACAACCUUGAGCAUCAGUGCCCGAAACUCUCUGCCCAAAGUUGCUUAUGCAACAGCAAUGGACUGGUUCAUAGCUGUGUGCUAUGCCUUUGUGUUUUCUGCAUUGAUUGAAUUUGCGACAGUGAACUAUUUUACAAAGAGAGGCUGGGCAUGGGAUGGCAAAAAAGCUCAGGAAGCAGCCAAAAACAAGAAAAAAGAGCGUGAAAUAUUUAUUAAUAAAUCAACAAAUGCUUACAAUACUGGAAAGAUGACCCAUCCUCCAAACAUCCCAAAGGAUCCAACUCCCUCAGGGAUCUCAAAUGCAACUCCUGUUCCAGUAAAACCUGCAGAGGAGAAGCCUCCUGAAAGUAAAAAGACUUACAAUAGCAUCAGCAAGAUUGACAAAAUGUCCCGAAUUGUUUUCCCAGUCCUGUUUGGCACAUUCAACUUAGUCUACUGGGCAACAUAUUUGAAUAGGGAACCAGUUAUUAAAGGAGCCACUCCCCCAAAAUAA